AUGAAUUUAGACAUCCGGGUACUCGAAAAUUCGCCAAAAUUUGAGCGCGUCCGAAAAAACAACUUUCGAGAGUCUGAGAUUAAAAUUGACGGAGUAAUUAUUGGUCAAAGUUUUAAAAUUCGGUUAUUAAAUUAUAUUGUAGCGGCUAAACACGGUGCGUGGUUAUCCGUAGAUGUAUUCGACGUACCCGUAAUCCAUUCUCAAAAUCCACAGGUCAUAGCAAAUAUACCGCGUAAGCUACAGACGCGUCCUAGAUUUAAGCCAGUAACGCCAGCGCGUUAUAAAAGACAGCGGCUAUUGAAUCUCGUCCUUGGUCCGGCUCGGCCCUAUUAA